UGUCUCAGUCGAGAUGUUCACCCUACAACACAGCGGCCAUUUUGAAGCAAAACCGCGGCGUUCCCCCGCGGCGCGUCAGUCGCCCGGCGUCUGGCCGCCCGUUUGUACAAACGUUUGUACUUCAUACACUUACCGACUUUAACAAAAUGCAGUUUGAAUACGACCCUGAACGUCUCAUAGAAGAGGUGAAGAAGCGACCCGGCAUAUGGGAUUUUGAAGAUUUGGAAUAUCGGGCAAAGAACGGAAGAUACAAACUAUGGAAUGAAGUGGUUACUGAACUUAUGCAGAAUGAUGUAAAACUUACCAAGAGCGAGAUGCGAGAACUUGAACUCCAACUGCAAAAGAAAUGGAAAAGCAUCCGAGAUUGCUUUCAAAAGUACCUGGCAAAUCCCAACAGGACGAGGAAACCUUAUAUUUAUUAUAAGCAGCUACAAUUUUUAUUGAAAAACCAAACGCAACCCCAAAAUAAUGAAGGUGAGGCUUCAAGCGAAUCCGAUGAGGUUCUGAAACCCAACAGGGCAGCGACAUCUUGGAGAUGCAAAAAGAAGUUGAAAAUAGGAAAAGAAGAAGAACAAAGCUCAGACGACGACAAUGAUAAUACUGAGAAUCAAGAAGAAUCUCAAGAUUAUUCUAAUGACGGCGUCGAUGUUAUAAUACCGUCAAAAAUACCUAAAAUGAACAAGACUGAUGAAUUCGCGUUUGCGAGCGUCGACGCUCCCUCAAAGAACGAACUUGAUGAUCCAGAUAGGAUGUUCCUUUUAUCACUGUUGCCUCAUCUGAAGACAAUACCAGAGGAACUCCGUCUUAACGCUAAAAUGGAACUAAUGCAAGUGUUGCAAAAUGCAAACUACACUGCGACAAGAAACCAUAAAUUUAUUUAAAUUAUUUCCCGGGAGAUUUUCGGGACUCAAUAGUGUGCUACUUCGAAUACAGUAGAGAGCUCAAAAGUCGUAAUUUUGAGUCUGGCCAAUACUAAACACUGAAAUGACAAGAUAUGUUGGUCAAUUUACAAUUUCCGAAUAAUUCUCCGAUGAAGGAAAACAUCGAUAAAAUUACUAAAUUAAUCCGAGUGAUAGCAGUAUGUACGCCUCUAAUACGUUGUUAAAAUUUCAAUAUCCUUGGUGAAAUAUGGGCAUGUUGAGUGUUACGUUCAUUCAUGACUCCACUACACAUUUGUAACUGAGAACAUAUAUUUUAAUUUUACUUAUAACCAAUAAUAAGGAAAUUAAAAUAUUGAGAUAAUUUGAAUUUAGUGAUGUAACAUUCCAAGUCAAUAUUCCAUAGCUUUAACUUACCAAUUUUUAUGUAUAUCAAUACAAUGUUAAGGUAUAUUACGAUAAAUAAAUAUGUAUAAACAUAUUAGUAAUUUAUAGGAUUAAUACUAUUAAGU